AUGUCGACAUCGAAUGAAGAAAGGGACCUUUUGGAGUAUUACAAAACGCAACGAAGGCUUCAUCGUAUAGAUGAAUCGAUGGAGAAGAUUCGGAAUCUUUUUGAUUAUACCAAUCCAUUUAUGGCUCACACAGAAAAGACGGAAGUUUCCUUUUCAGAUGGGAAUAGUAUAGUGGACUUAACCAAUCGCUUUGUGUUUACACUUGAUCCUCCUUCUACUCGGUUGUAUGAUGAUGCGAUUAGUUAUCGAGAGAUUCCUGAGAAGAGAAUGAUAGAGAUUGGGUUUCACUGUCCUUAUUUUGAUCAAAAGGAGUUGCCCUUUUUCAGUGGAUUUGUCGAGAAGAGUUCGCAGUGUGUGAGUUUGAAUGGGUAUCGCGAGAUGAUGGCAAAGAACAAUUUUGACCAUCAAAAGUCUUUAAGUGUGAAGAAUGGAGUGAUCAAGUGUCUCUCCGUCCUUUGUUAUUUCAAUAGUAGUUUUGAUUUAGUCGCUCGAUGGUAUGGCUUGUCUCACAUCAAAAUCACUUGUAAUUUGCACUACGUCGAUGCUACCUAUUUGAAUUACGAGAAGCUGACGUACACUACAACCACCGGUGACGUUUUAAGCGUCCCACAAAACGUCAUUCUUGGCGUCCAGAGAUGUAUCGAUACUUUUAAAAAUUACAUGAAAAAAAAGUACCCGUCGUAUAAGCAAUUUAAAGGCUUCAAUGGAUUUAUCGCAGUCGUCGGAGAUGUUUUGGGAUUACUCAUUUCAAGAGACUUGUUCGCUGUAUAUAAGGAUUUGGCUUUCGCUCUUGUUCUGACGUCUUCUAAGAAGGCCGUCGCUUCAAACAGAUCCCCUCUCAGAAAAUUUGGUGAUUUACUCGCUAAUUAUCAACUCGUCGCUUUGAUGAAAGGUCUUGAGAAAAAUGAUAUGAUGAAGUUCGUUGCUGGGUAUGACAUCUCCGUCGAUGAUUUCAAGGAGCUCAUCAGGUCAAAUCGCUUGGAAAUCUAUUGA